AAAUACGUGUCCCAGGAAAUAGAAAAAAAUUUUAAUUUACCUUCACAUCCGGAGAAUAAAAUUGGAAAAAUAUUAAGAUAUUUUUCCGUCUACACAAAUACGAAAAAAAUAUUUAACCAGGAAUUAGAUACUGGUACAAUACCCGUCAUUCAUGGCUUAAAAUGUUUAAGCAUGUGUUGCAUAAUCACGUUCCACAGUAUAUUUUUUACAUGGGAUACUCUUGAAAAUAAAAUAGGAUUUUGGAGAUUCUGUGAAAACUAUAUGUAUUUCAUUGACAUCGACUUGCUAUCAGUUGAUGUUUUUUUUCUCUCAAGCGGAUGUUUAGUGACUUAUACAUACUUGCGACGUACGAACGGAAAAAAGGAGCCUACUGAUUGCAGAGAGAAAUUAAUUGAACUCAUUACUCAUAUAAGAAAAAGAUUUAUAAGGUUGACGCCGGCUUACAUGGUAGUAAUUGGACUAUCACAAUUAAGCUCUGCUUGGUUCGAUAAGACAUCGCAAUUUUACGUGCAUGAGAGGUCGCACGAAACUUGUCCGAAGUACUGGUGGAGAAAUCUUUUAUACAUAAAUAAUCUUUUUCCUAUUGAUGACAUGUGCCUGACUUGGAGCUGGUAUCUAGCUAAUGAUAUGCAAUUUUACGUACUCGCUAUCAUGCUUUUGAUUUUUUCGACUGUAUACUUUUACGUUGCUGUUACGAUAUUGAGUGCACUUUUAAUAGGCUCCACUAUUCUUAGCGGUUAUAUUGUAUACGUUCACGAAUAUACCCUGACAUUAGAUGAACUGUUUAGACUUGCGGAUAUGAUAUAUACACCACCAUGGAUGAGAAUAAAUCCAUAUGUUAUUGGAAUGAUUGCAGGCUACGUUUUAACAAAAUUGAACAAUACUUUGGCCUUGAAAAGGAAAGUUAUAAGGUUGUGUUGGUUCCUUGCUAGUGCUUGCAUUAUUGGUGUAUUCUUUGUGGUUUACAAGCGACGCCUAUCCGUUCUGGCUACUGCUAUUUAUGUAGCACUAUACAGAAUAUUUUUUGCUAUAGGUAUAGCAUGCAUUGUAAUAAUGUGUUCCACUAACCACGGAGGAAUCGUUAAUCAGUUACUAUCGUUCAAAGGCUGGAUCCCUUUUAGUAAACUCACGUACUGUGCUUAUCUUUUAAAUCCAGUCAUUAUACGGUCAAUUAAUUUAUACGGUAAUAUUGCAACGCAUUUUGAAUUUCUGCCUGCUGUUGUUAUGGGUGUGGGAUAUAUUGCGAUCAGUUACUGUUGUUCCUACGUGUUGUCUUUGAUGGUGGAGAUACCCUGUAUCUCGUUGAUGCAAAUGUUCACCCCCCACCGUAAUAAAAUUUAUAAUAAGAAAGUAUUGUAAUAUUAUAUACGAAAAUAUAUAAUAUUAUAACAUACGAAUGGCAGUACGUUAUUAUAUGUAUAAUACUAGUAUGGUAUAUAGUAUGAGUUUAACUUCAGAAAAGAUGUAAUAUCUCGAGACAUGUAACGCAAUAAUAUAUCUUUAUAUUUGCGAA